GGUUAUCCCUCUGGGUUAGUGGAAAGACUGGUGAGCUGGCCGCCGUCUGCUUGAAUUUUUGAAAGGCUGGAGGAAAGGAGUAGUUUCUUAUCGGUCGCCGCCUCAAGGAGGGGACACGGGUUCGAGCCCUGGUCUGGGAAGAUCCCACGUGCCGCGGAGCAACUGGGCCCGUGAGCCACAAUUACUGAGCCUGCGCGUGCGAUGAAGAGUGGCCCCUUCUUGCCACAACUAGAGAAAGCCCUUGCACAGAAACGAAGACCCAACACAGCCAUUAAUUAAUUAAUUAUUUUAAAAAAUUAUUAUUUUUUAAACUCAUUUCUGUUUAGUGCUGAAUAGUGUUCCAUUGCCUGAAUGGGAUUUUACCACAGUUUAUCUAUUCACCUACUGAAGGACAUCUUGGUUGCUUCCAAGUUUUGGCAGUUAUGAAUAAAGCUGCUAUAAACAUUCAUGUGCAGGUUUUUGUGUGGAUAUUGGUUUUCAACUCCUUUGUGUAAAUACCAAGAAGCACGAUUACCAGACCACAUGAUGGAUGUAUUUUUUGUAAGAAAUCACCAAACUUUCUUCCAAAGUGGAAGACAUUCCUGUCAUCAAUGAAAGAGAGUUCCUGUUGCUCUACGCCAGCAUUUGGUAUUGCCAGUGUUCUGGAUUUUUGCCAUUCUAGUAGGGUUGAAAGGAGGGGCAGGAGGUACUGAUGGACAAGGAGGUACCUUCCGGUACACCUUUCAUGGCGAUCCUCAUGCCACAUUUGCAGCAUUUUUCGGAGGUUCCAACCCCUUUGAAAUUUUCUUUGGAAGACGGAUGGGUGGUGGUAGAGAUUCUGAUGAAAUGGAAGUAGAUGGAGAUCCUUUUAGCGCCUUUGGAUUCAGCAUGAAUGGAUAUCCAAGAGACAGGAAUUCUGUGGGACCAUCCCGCCUCAAACAAGAUCCUCCAGUUAUUCAUGAACUUAGAGUAUCACUUGAAGAAAUAUAUAGUGGUUGUACCAAACGGAUGAAGAUUUCUCGAAAAAGGUUAAACCCUGAUGGAAGGAGUUAUCGAACUGAGGACAAAAUUCUUACCAUCGAGAUAAAAAAAGGGUGGAAAGAAGGUACCAAAAUUACUUUUCCAAGGGAAGGAGAUGAAACACCAACUAGUAUUCCAGCAGACAUUGUUUUUGUCAUUAAAGAUAAAGAUCACCCCAAAUUCAAAAGGGAUGGAUCAAAUAUAAUUUAUACUGCUAGAAUUAGUUUACGAGAGGCAUUGUGUGGCUGCUCAUUUAAUGUGCCAACAAUGGAUGGAAGAACCAUACCUAUGACAAUAAAUGAUAUUGUGAAACCUGGAAUGAGGCGAAGAAUUAUCGGAUAUGGGCUACCGUUUCCAAAAAAUCCUGAGCAACGUGGUGACCUUCUAAUAGAAUUUGAGGUGUCCUUCCCAGAUACUAUAUCCUCAUCAUCCAAAGAAGUACUUAGGAAACAUCUUCCUGCCUCAUAGAAUGAAAAACUUUGUUACCCAUAUUUUGAUAAGGCACUGAAAAUAUAAAAGAACUGGCCAUUUACUGAUGUAGAUGUGAAUUCUGUAUAAAGACAUGUAAAUUAUUUCGAGGGUUCAUUAAAUUGCAUGAAUAGACGGGUCAAAUAAAAAGGCAAAAGGGAUUUUUACAGUUAGAGAAGAAGAGAAAACCAUUCACUGUAUUUUAUUUCAUUUCUCCCAAAUCAGAAAAUUUUAGUAUUUUGCUUACAUAUAAAACUUGUUUCUGUGGAGUUAGUAGAUAUAUUUCUAAUAAAGUACUAGGAUAUCCAAGUACUUUAUUUCUUAUAUCUUUACAUUAUCAGUAUGAUAGGUUCUCAUUUAUGAUGGAAAUUUAAAUUCUUAACAAAACUAUACAUGUGAUAGGUAUUUCUAGAAAGUAAAAACCCAAGUCACUUGGAAAUCUAGUCUAGUUAACUAGAUUAAAGUCACCAUAUGAAAUGCUGCUAUAGGGCUGGUACCCAUAAAAGAAUAUCCUAAUACAUAUGUUUCACCAUUUUGAUUUUUAAAGUAUGUUGUAGCAUUUCUUAAUAACAUAGUUGUAAUGUUCUUAAGGCAGACAUUUUCUUCAUAAAAAGGAUAUUAAUGGCAAUUUAUCUCCUGUGGAAAUCCCAAUUGGCCUGAAUUACUGAUAUUUUAGAAAUAGGUUGUUUUUAAAAUGCCAUAUAUAAUUUUAUGCAAGUUGACUAUAUAUCUUGGACUUAAUAAAUUAUAGGUACAUUUUAUUGUCCACUAGUUAAAAAUAAUUUGUUUGAUAAUAAAUGUGUUUUUAGAGGAAAUAUUGCUACUUGGAAUUAAUUUUCCAAUUACACAGCCUUCUAUAACUUACUCAUAAUAUGCUAUAUGUACCAUAUGCAAUUUCCCUAAAAAGAAUAAACUACCACUAUGGUGUUAAACCAAAAUAUGGGGAAAAUAAACACUAACUGCUGCUUAUGAAUGAUGUUGCUACUACUUGUUAUGCAUAUAAAUAUUUUACUUUUUCAUAUGUAUAGAUUGCAUUCUUAGGUGUUUUAAUUUUUUAAAUAUAUUUACGUUUAAAAACUUAUUCUGGGGCUUCCCUGGUAGCACAGUGGUUGAGAGUCCGCCUGCCAAUGCAGGGGACAUGGGUUCUUGCCCUGGUCCGGGAAGAUCCCACAUGCCGCGGAGCGGCUGGGCCCGUGAGCCAUGGCCGCUGAGCCUGCGCUCCGCAGCGGGAGAGGCCACAACAGUGAGAGGCCCAUGUACCGCAAAAAAAAAAAAAAAAAAAGUUACUCUGUUUUCUGUUUUAUAGCUAUAGUGAGAAUGAUAUUUUGAACCAAUGUUUUUGGUUCAAAAGUGAUUUUCAGGAUGAUUGGUAUACAAGGUAUAUUGAGCCCUGUCACCUUUCAGCAGAAUAUUGUCUUCUUUUAGAAAUUCAACACAUAGGUUUUAAUCACCACAUGCUUUACCACUUUAUUGAGAUAUAAUUUCACCUGCUAAAAAGUUUACCCUUUUAAAGUGUACAAUCCAGUGGUUUUAGUAUAUUCACAGAGUUGUGCAACCACUUUCUAAUUCCAGAACAUUUUUAUCACCCCAGAAAGAAACUGAAUAACCAUUAGCACUCACUUCGCAUUCCUCCAGCCCCUGGCAAACACUAAUCUACUUUCUGUCCCUAUGGAUUUAUCUAUUCUGGACAUUUCCUAUAAAUGGCAUCAAACAA